AUGGCAAAACUUUUAAUUUACCAUAUCACAUUCGCUCUCCGGUGCUCACAGCCGCCCCAAGCCCGCCCCAACCCACAGUCAAGCUCUCACCCUCCCCAAGAUGCGGCUCCUUCCGCCGGCCAGGGUCAGGCCGCCGACGCCACGGCGCGUCCUCCGGAGGUGCACGACCCUCUUAGCCCAGCGGGAGCACCUCGGAGGAGCACCGUCGGCUGGCAACUACCGGCCUCGACGCUCCCUGGCAGCGGGAGUCGCGAGCCGUGGGGGGUGGAGACGGCACUCUACACGGGCUGGGUUGGGGCGGUGGCAAUCAUUGGGGCAGUGCUGAUGGGCACCGGAUACAUACUUAUCCAAGCGAUGAAGGUGUAUUCAUCUUUAUAA